CCUCGACUGAUCAGCUGACAGCGAGAAAGCAUGCGAGGGCGGCGAUGGCAGCUAGCUUCGUCGACGAUCUCAUCUCAGUGCGCAGCCACCGGAGGCUUAAUCUGUCCGAAUUGCUGGAUAACCUGCCCAAGCAACUCACCAAGGACGUCUUGCAGCAGCUGCACGCUGCCGUGCUAGAAUGCGACCCGGAGUUGAUCCCCCAGCAAGAGACGGCUGUCAGCAGCCUCCUGGUGGCCGUGCUGGACGAGAAGUUGCCACCAGGCCGCCGCCACCUGGCCUUGUCGGUGCUGGAGUCCCUGUGUCCCCAGUACGGCCUCGAGGAAAUGCUGCUUCCCUUGCCUCCGCAUCAGCUCACAUUGUUUCUCCAGGCACUGCUCGCACAGGGUACAGACAGCCCACACUACAGAAGCCUUCUUGACAAGCUUUUGGGCGCUUUGGAGGAUGCUGCUGUGGGUGCUCCCGUCAAGCGUGAGAUCCUGCUUUAUGUGACACGUGUGGCUGAGGCUCAGGCAGACCUGCUGUCUCGGGAGGAUGCAGAACGGGUCUUCAAGCAGCUGCCCGGCUGGCUCAUGGAUUGCUCGCUCUUUUCAUCUUCGCGCCUCCUCGGCGUGUCAUCAGUCACUGGCCCGUCCCCGUCUUCGACUGCCACUGGCUCCUCCCGGUUUCGCCGGUCCGAGUCCGCCCAGUCUGUUUCCGAGCUGGACGGUGUCGUCUCGCAGGAGACUUUCACGGUUCUCACAUCUGCCAAGUUCUACACGGGUGACCAGUGGCUGAACGGUGCGGUCUUCUCGGUGCUUGGUGUGUGGCUGCGGCGAGCUGUGUCCCUCUGCUACACCGACGAAACCCUGGUCACGGCUAGCAGGAAGUACUGCCUCUACCUGAUUGACCAGACGCACCGAAAGCCCAUAUAUCCCGAGGACUUCGAGCUUCAGCAGCUUUGUCUGGUGGAAGCGGUGCGCACCCUCGACCUUGUGUGCCAGCUGGACAGCAGCCAGGUGCCUGAGGUGAUCAUCGUGAUACAGCGGCUGGCCACCAGUCACCUGCUUAGCCGCGUUGCUUUGGGAACUGCCCUGCUCGAGUUCUUCCUGCACCACGGGGCAGCCGUGCUGCACAAGACGGAGGACUCCUUGAGUCAGUUCUUCCUGGGUCCCGGUUCCCGUGUGUGUCUGAGUGUGCCCAACUCCCUGCAGGUGGUCCACUUCACCCUGCGCAACCUGGCUGCACUCUGCGACGUGGGCGCCACCGAGAAGUACUUCCCUGCCUUGCUCAAGAUCUUUGCCUGGAAUCCGCAGCAAUUCAAGAGCCAGUUCCUGAGCAUUGUUCCAGCAUUCAUGUCAGCCAAGAGUGUAGUUGAGGUGUUCCACAGCCUGGUGGACCUGCCUGCACUGACGGCAGCCCUGGUACUCGAGAGGGAGCUGAUGGGUUUGUCGGAGAGUGCUCGCACUAAGCGCCAGUCCUCGCUCCAGCUUGGUACGGAGGUGCACAAGUCCAUGCUCAAGUUUGUGCUCCGCGACAUCAGCGGCAUUGGAGACACGUUCGACGGCGUCGCCAAGUUCCACACCCUGAUCGCUGACCAGGUCAAUCACCCGAAGGUGGUCCGCUGCUCGGAGCAUGCCCCAGACCUUCUUGGGUGCUACCUGAAGACCUUUGUGCAGUUUGGUGACUCAGAGCUGGCUUCACGACUGCUGCCAGCCUUCAUGGAGCGACUGUCUGUGUGCUUUGGGUCGCGAGGGUACUGUGAAAGGCUGCGAAAGCUCCUGGCCGACGUGCUUCCCCAGCUGUUCCGCAAGUUCCCUGAUGUGACCUUUCUGCUGACUUCCGAGUUUGUGGAGUUUCUCAGCCACACCAGCUCAUAUGAUGCAGGACCUGACUUCUUUGCAAACCUGGUGUGGGCCAUUGGAGAGUUCGCCUCGCCCAACGAGAGCUCUCUCUGCUCCCCCAAGGCGGUGUGUGACUUCUUCGAGGUGCUCGAGUUGUUGGCCUUUGAGCUUCUCAGCACCCAAGGCUUGUUGAGCGAGCGUCGCACCAGGCUCCUGUGCAUUGUAAUCACCAGCCUCUCUAAGCUUGCAGUGCGGUCCCAGGACCUGGUGGCUCGGGCCCUGCUGUGCCUGUCCAAGACGGGCCAGCUCUGCAGCACCUGCCAAGGACAGGGACCACCCUGGGCAAUCCUGGAACGGCGGGUGCUCGAGCUGACCGCCAUCAUCAAGCGUUCCGGUGCUGCCUCAGACAUACUGACACCUCCAAAGGAAGAGGAGCUCAAGAGGCGGCAUGAGGACUUGGCACAGCUGCCUGCCCUGGUUCGUCUAGUCACUGCCGUCAUGUCUACACAGGAGUAACCUUCGUGGGAAGGCGCUGCCAUCUAGGAGCAGUGAAACGAAGUACUGCAUCAUGACACUAAUGAGUACCGACAGUGAGCACUUCGCUAGUCCGCGCUGCAGAGGCUCCAAUGUGGUGUAGCCUGGUGUAAGGAGCGUAGGCCUUCCUCUGAGGUGACGACGCAGUUUCCGCACAUGGUUCGUCUUUCGCGUCCGAUUAGCCUGUGACGCCUAGUCGCCUACGGAGUGCAGCUUCAACAUGCAUCAGCAGUGCUUACCCGCCGCCUACUGCUUCACUUGCGAUGGCACCAACUAAGAAAACUGCAGCGUUAAGUGGCGCAGGAAGGCAAGGGCGUCGACGGGCAAAUCUUGCUUUGGUCCGGUGAGAGACAUGCUAGCAUGAAGCAGAACGCCUUCGUGCGUUCGUGGUGCAUGAAAUGAACUCUGCCACUCGUGUUCCUGAAGCUGAGCACAUCACAGCUCAAGCAGCUGCCCAAGACAUUACGAUGCCGGACCAAAAUGCUCGUACCUUCGCCCGAGCGACUCGGCAGCAGUAUGCUGCUUGACAACAAGACACCAUGUACCAAGCAAACCUGCAACACGGUGGCCGGCCUGCAAAUUGUGCGCCUUUCACUGCAGUGGACCGUGAGUUCACAAAGCAAACUUGCAAAGCCUUCUGUGAAGACAUGUUUCACUUUUGUGUUCUACCGAUUCCUAUGAAAGAGGGAUCAACCAUUUCUUUUUUUUCAUUAAGCUGUAGAAUAUAUUCCUUAGAUACAUGUGGUCAUAAUCUCAGCUAGAGGUGAAAUGAGGCUUAAAAGUACCAGUGCAGUUACUGCAUACGUAAAUUGCACAAGGUAAGAGGGGUAGCUGUGUCAGAUAACACGGCAUGCGAAUUCAAUGUCUUGCCCAGAAGCGGGGACACGCAUGUACCAGCUCAUUAGAACUGGAUGUGUCACCGGUAACUGAUAUUUGUGUGCAGCAUCACGAUAAUGCAAGCCCAUUCGCCUGCUGUGGUCGCUCAGUGGCUAUUGCAUACUGUUGCUGAGCAUGAGGUCGUGGGUACGAUUCCCAACCACAGUGGCCGCUUUUUGAUGAAGAUGAAAUGAGAAAAGAUCAAAAUUAAUCCAGAGCCGACCACCACAGUGUAUGUCAUAGCCCCAGUGUUGUUCUGGGACAUUAAACCGCAUGAAUAAAUUGAUCGAUCAAUUAAUCAAGCUCGUUCUCUGAUCUCAAAAUUGUGCAACUUUGCUUUGAGAGCUGCAAAAGGUGGGGAAGUGCCUAAAAUUGUUACUGGCAUUAUUGCGUAGUAGCUGUGUUUUCCUCGCACAACAUUUAUGGUCUUUUUUCUAUCUAUGACGUUUCUCGGUGUAGUACUUAGGGAAAAGAAAGUGUUGCUCACAUAAAGUGGCUAAACUCUAAUGCCAGUGCGGUAUAGAAAACAUUGUUUACUUAUGCUGUUACAUAGCUGUGUGUCCAGCCUAUUUUCAUAAAAUAAACAAGCACAAAAAAAGA